AUGUGUUCUCUUAAUUUUCACGUCACGAUUGUACUUUGUGAUGUACAUAAAAGAAGAGUCCGUGCGUGUUACGCAUCAAAAGAAAUAAGAUGAAAAUAAUGCGAUUUUUCAAAAGAAACUUUUAAAUAUUUUGGAGGACUUUUUUUCUUCUUUAAAAUAAUUUGGCUGCAUUUACUGGAUCACAACGGUUCAAAUCACAGAUCUAUGUGAGGUAAAGAAGUAAGACACCCUUUUAGUAUGCCCAGGACUAAGGAUUUAAGACAACUCCCAGGCUGGAUUUUAGGAUGGAUGUAUGCCAAUGCCAUCAUUUGUACGUGGGAUGCAAGCUUCAUCAUGUUUCGCCCUCAUUCACUUCCCGGGGGAUCGUACUCAUGGAUUUGGUAUUUAUAUAAGUACUAUGUCAACAUUGACAAACGUUAUGUGGACACCAGUGACCCGUUUGUGAAAGCAAUCAGUCUGCAAAACUAUGUCGAAGUUUUCUUGAGCAUAGUGACCAUAAUAUUGCACUACCGGUCGAGUCGCCACACCCGUUUAAUGGCGUACAAUGUUAAUAUUAUGACGAUGUGGAAAACUGUGACGUAUUUCUUGAUGUUUACGGAAAUUUGUGGAGCGCAGGAUUGGAUCGGCUCCGAUUCCACCUUAACUUUAACGUUUCUGUUCUACUUUCCAAACGGUGUGUGGAUAGGAGUUCCUUUAAUCGCUAUGUAUCAAUUGUGGCCAUCUUUUGUGCAAGGACAAGACAGCAACCAGUUGAAAAAAGGGGUUUAGUGAAAAUGUAAAAG